CGUUAGUUAAUGAGCCUUUGACGACCUCUGACCUGCAGUUAGGACAGUCAUGGACUCUGAGGAGACGAGGGAGACUCCAGGUUCUUCAGCUGCUGGAACUGCGUCGGUCUCCUCCUCCUCCUCCAUCUGUCUGACCUCCACACUCACCUGUUUCAACAAGAAAAUCUCAGUCACACAGUGAGGGAAUCAAACCAGGGACAUUUUUUGUUGUUUUGUUGAAUUUAUUGUAAAUUAAAAAUAAUUGAUCGACCUUUGUAUUUAUUUUUGGGUUUCUUUUUCUUAUUUUUUUUUCUUUUAAUAUUUCAUGAACUUCAUCUUUUUUUUUCUGUAUUUGAAUAUUUUUCGUUUUUGCCAACAGAGGGCGCUGCUCUGCUGAAAGUAGACCAGCCUCGUCGUCUUUGCGCGUCGAAUAGUGCACGAGACGAGCAUCUACCUCCGGCGGACGGGAGCGCGCACACGCUCGGAGGAGAAUAAGGAGGAGGUGAUGAUGCUGCGACGGCAGGGAGGAGAUAAAGGAGCAAGAGGAGAAGAACGGAGGUGAAGAACGGACUCACCGACACACUGAGGCACAGACGGCCGCCCUGCAGCUGCUGCUCCCCGGCCUGAGUGAGGACGAAGAGCCGGGGCCGCGGGCGAUGAAGAGGAGCAGAGCCAGGGGGGUCCAGGACCAGGGUCACCAGGGGAUCCAGCAGCCGGAGAAGUCCGGCUGGAUCAGGAAGUUCUGCGGCCGUGGCAUCUUCAGGGAGCUGUGGAGGAACCGCUUUGUGGUUCUGAGAGGAACCCAUCUGUUCAUCUCCGACAGAGAGGUGAAAGAUGAACGUAAAGCGCAGGAAGUGUUGGACCUGGCAGAUUACGAACGUUCGGAGGAACUGCGAAAAGCCAAGAGUCGCAGUAAGAAAAACCACAGUCGCUUUACGCUGCUGCGCAGCAGACGGCCAGGAAGCAAUGUUCCUAACCUCGUGUUUUUGGCCUUCAGCCCGGAGGAAAAGGAAUCAUGGGUAAAUGCGAUCAAUGUGGCCAUCGUCAAAGCGAAGAACAGAAGAGUUUUAGACGAGGUGACCAUUGAAGAGGGCGGAGCGUUGGCUCAUCCAACCAGAGACCGGGCAAAGGUUCCUCGAGGCCGCAGGCUGCCCACUAGGGGGCACCUCCUUUCUGUGGCGUCCACUUCCUCUCGAGGCAUGCUAACCCUGGACCUGGUGGCGGAGGAGGACUCCUGCUCCCUGGACGACGACGCUGACUCCAGUUUCCAGGUGGACCGCUGUGACGGACACCAGGAUGUCGGCGGUCGUCGUCGCGCCGACACCGACGCCUCCAAACUCAGGACGACGCCCAAGGAGUCGAAGGUGAAGACAGGAAGUUUGCCCAGAGGCAGCGGGUGGUACUGCAGCAAAUCAUCCCAGCUGGACGUCUGCAGAGCUCAGAAGAACCAGCAGGUUCAGGUCCUUCAGGCUCAGUGUCAGACGCCUCAGCCCGGGAAGAGGUUCAGUGUCGUUCAGGGUCGCAGUCGCUGUGCCUCCAUGGACGAGGUUCUGUCUUCCAGACCAGCGAUGGUUCGUCCGGAUCUCCGUCGUCGUCGUCCCACAGAGGAUGAGUCGGUGGGCGGGGCCUGUGAGCAGCCCGUGGCUCAACCCGUGGGUCAGCUGCAGAGUCUGAUCGCUCAGAGGAUGCAGAGAGCCCAGGAGAUGCUGGAGGAGAUGAGGCUGCAGGAGCUGCAGAAGUCAGGAGCACAGAGACACAGAGGAGGAGGAGCUCUGAUCCGGUUCUGUCAGGGGGUCCAGGACCAGGGUCACCAGGGGAUCCAGCAGCCGGAGAAGUCCGGCUGGAUCAGGAAGUUCUGCGGCCGUGGCAUCUUCAGGGAGCUGUGGAGGAACCGCUUUGUGGUUCUGAGAGGAACCCAUCUGUUCAUCUCCGACAGAGAGGUGAAAGAUGAACGUAAAGCGCAGGAAGUGUUGGACCUGGCAGAUUACGAACGUUCGGAGGAACUGCGAAAAGCCAAGAGUCGCAGUAAGAAAAACCACAGUCGCUUUACGCUGCUGCGCAGCAGACGGCCAGGAAGCAAUGUUCCUAACCUCGUGUUUUUGGCCUUCAGCCCGGAGGAAAAGGAAUCAUGGGUAAAUGCGAUCAAUGUGGCCAUCGUCAAAGCGAAGAACAGAAGAGUUUUAGACGAGGUGACCAUUGAAGAGGGCGGAGCGUUGGCUCAUCCAACCAGAGACCGGGCAAAGGUUCCUCGAGGCCGCAGGCUGCCCACUAGGGGGCACCUCCUUUCUGUGGCGUCCACUUCCUCUCGAGGCAUGCUAACCCUGGACCUGGUGGCGGAGGAGGACUCCUGCUCCCUGGACGACGACGCUGACUCCAGUUUCCAGGUGGACCGCUGUGACGGACACCAGGAUGAUGUGGGCGGUCGUCGUCGCGCCGACACCGACGCCUCCAAACUCAGGACGACGCCCAAGGAGUCGAAGGUGAAGACAGGAAGUUUGCCCAGAGGCAGCGGGUGGUACUGCAGCAAAUCAUCCCAGCUGGACGUCUGCAGGGCUCAGAAGAACCAGCAGGUUCAGGUCCUUCAGGCUCAGUGUCGGACGCCUCAGCCCGGGAAGAGGUUCAGUGUCGUUCAGGGUCGCAGUCGCUGUGCCUCCAUGGACGAGGUUCUGUCUUCCAGACCAGCGAUGGUUCGUCCGGAUCUCCGUCGUCGUCGUCCCACAGAGGAUGAGUCGGUGGGCGGGGCCUGUGAGCAGCCCGUGGCUCAACCCGUGGGUCAGCUGCAGAGUCUGAUCGCUCAGAGGAUGCAGAGAGCCCAGGAGAUGCUGGAGGAGAUGAGGCUGCAGGAGCUGCAGAAGUCAGGAGCACAGAGACACAGAGGAGGGAGCUCCUCUCACCUCAAGAACCUGGACUCUCCUCGAUUGCAUCAUCUCAGAGGCUGCGACUCUCCCAACGGCAGGUCUCCAGGAUCCAGGAGCAGGAGCAGCGACUCUCCGCGCCUCCGCCCCAAAGAGUCUCCUCGCCUCCGGGGCCGAGAGUCUCCCAGAACCAAAGCUAAGAAGAAUCGAUGCAAACGCGGCGACUCGCCGCGAUCCAGACGACCCCAGUCACCAGUCGCCAAAGCCAACGCCUCUCCCCACGACUCGCCGCCGUCCAAGAUGUCCGACGCAUCUGUCGCUUCUAACGACCACGGGUUACUUGCGGAGAAGUCGCCGCAGUCUUCUGUUAGCAUCGGAGAAGGCGUCUCGUCUCAGGUUCAUUCAGCAGAUUCACGUCAGCUUCACGUCAACGGUGACGACAACUGCAGUCAUGUGACCGGCAGCCAGGGGUCUCCACGCCACAUCCAGGACGCCGUGACUCUCUGUCCGUCUCAGGAAAAAAAUGUUGACAGCCCCCUGGAGGACGACCCCCCCACACUGGUGUCACUAGAGGAGGCCGCGCGAAGGCGUGCCGAGGCAGAGCGCCUCCUGGAGGAGGCGGUGUCGUCCUGGAAAGAAGCCCAGGAGGUGCUGCAGGAGGUGAGGGAGCUGCAGAGCCAAACACUGCGACGACAGCGCAGGAGGACGUACGAGAAGAUGACGUCACCAUCGACCACGCCCGCGACAGAGGAGGAGGACACGCCCUCACCGGUGACAUCACCAGAGAACGAUGGCGACGAGGCUCCAUGACGACGUUUCUUCUUCAGGAUAUUUUUGGAAUCGUCCUUUUUUUUGGCAGGAAAUUACGCUAACUAUCGUAAUUUUGAAUUUUCUAAAAACGCACAUGUUUACAACCUGUGAUUUGUAGGUUUAUAGCAAAGCAAACUGUUAGCUUAGCACAAAGACAGAGCAGGGUGUUAGCAUAGUUAGCUUAGCCCAAAUGGCACUCGACGCUUUUCUUGUCUCCUUCAGUUCUUCCUUUAAAAAAAAGUUAACUAAUUUGCGCCACCUGUCUGCUGCUGCUGACACACAGUCACUUUCCUCCUCUAGAUGGCGCUGCACAGUGUUGUUAGUGUGGAACUCUUUGAUUAGUUGUGAGAAAUAUUUUUUCUAAAACCCAGUUUUUGUAGCAACAGUUUAAAGACAAUCUUUUUCACCAGUGAAGAAAAGUUGCAACGUUUUUACAGAAAAGUCAACAUUUCUGAAUGAAACAACAGAACUCACGUUCUCAACACGAGGGGCAUGGCCUGACACAGAUCACCUGUUUGGUCAAAUUUGAACAUCAGUGUCACAGUGUUGACCUGUGACCUGUACUGCCACUCUUCAUCUCUCUCACCGUUUGUUACCUCAAAGUCUCGGCUCCUCUCUGCACAUGGCUGCUCUCCACUUGGAAUUCAGGAAGUCACCCACAGGCCACGCCCCUUUGCAGCACGACUGCAACUUCCUGUGAGAACCAUGGGUGGAUGAGAGGGCGGAGCUUUGGUCAGCUGUGGACGAUGUUUACAGAGGAAGAGGAGGAGGAGGAGGGCACUGACUUGUUACAUCACACCAGGCAGGAUCCUGGUUGGUUAAUUAAUUUUUAUUAAGUCAUUAAAGUUAAAAUUCUCAGACAACGGUACAACUCUCCUUCAUGUUCCAAAUCCGCUCUCUUCUUCUUCGGUGGUGUUUCCAUGAAGAGACUUCUGGAGGAUGACCUUUGACACCAGGUCUCUUCUGACUCACGAGUUACAGCAACUGAGCACAAAUGUUUUGAAAAUGAAAAGUUUUCAAAUCUGAUUCAAACGGUUAGUGAUGUCGCCUUCAGUGGGCGGAGCCACCGUCUGACCAAUGAGCUGCUGAUGAUUAGUUUUGUCCUUAUUGUGUUUUCUCUGUUUGGAUGUUUUCAAUUUGAAACUGUGAGAGUGAAGAAGAAAUCAGGUCAAAACAUGAGCAACCGUCGCUGACACUCGUGGGCGGGGCUAUAUUCACCAGGGGCGGGGCUAUAUUCACCAGGGGCGGGGCCAGGCACUGAGUUUCUUUCUGCAUUUAAAUGUAAAAAAUAUAUUUUAAAAAAUAUGCAUUUGAAGUUACAUUUUCUUGUUAACAUUGAACUUUUGGUAAAUGUUGAAUUGACACGACGUCAGAACAAUAACGAGGUCGUACGUCUGCAGGUGAUGAUGUCACGCAUGUUUAUUUUAGUGUUACUGUUGUUUUGAACACGUUAUUAUUGUUGUUAUGUUUAAAUGUAUGCAGACGAUUUUAAUGUUAUCUUUGUGUUUCUGUUAGAUAUUUGAAUCACUGUGAUGCAUUAUGGGUA